AUGCAGGCCGGCGGUCAGACACCCGUCUUUGUUAUGAACACGGCCCCGGAGAGGCAAUCCGGUCGAAAAGCUCAGAUCUCCAAUAUUACCGCUGCUAAGACCGUCGCGGAUGUUAUCAGAACAUGUCUGGGCCCGAAAGCCAUGCUGAAGAUGAUACUGGACCCAAUGGGUGGUAUUCUGCUGACAAACGACGGCAAUGCGAUCCUGCGAGAGAUUGAUGUUGCGCACCCUGCUGCGAAGAACAUGAUCGAGCUCAGCCGGACCCAGGACGAGGAGUGCGGUGACGGGACCACGAGUGUCAUCAUCCUCACGGGAGAGAUUCUUGCCCAGUCGCUCUCUCAGCUUGAGCGCGACAUUCAUCCCGUGGUCAUCAUCUCGGCGUACAACAAGGCUUUGAAAGAGGCCCUCGAGAUCGUCAAGCGCAUCUCCGUCCCGAUCGACACCAAUGAUGAUGCGCAGAUGCUGUCUCUCAUCAAGACCUCGAUAGGCACAAAGUUCGUCAUGCGCUGGUCCGACCUCAUGUGUAAGCUCGCGCUGCAAGCUGUGCGCACCGUCGCGAUGGAAGAGGGCCCGACGAAGACCGUCGACAUCAAGCGCUAUGCGCGCGUCGAGAAAAUCCCGGGUGGCGAGAUCGAGGACAGCAAGGUGCUCAAUGGUAUCAUGUUGAACAAGGAUAUCACGCACCCGAAGAUGCGCAGGAGAAUUGCGAAUCCCCGUAUUGUGCUCCUGGAUUGCCCCUUGGAGUACAAGAAGGGAGAGUCACAGACCAACAUCGAGAUCUCGAAGGAGUCGGAUUGGUCGAGAAUCCAGGAGAUUGAGGAGGAGCAGGUGAAGGCCAUGGUCGACAAGAUUCUGGAGUUCAAGCCGGAUCUCGUCAUUACGGAGAAGGGCAUUUCUGAUUACGCACAGCACUUUUUCUACAAGGCUAACGUUUCAGCGAUCCGCCGAGUACGCAAGUCGGACGACAACCGCAUUGCUCGGGCAGUGGGGGCGACUAUUGUUAACCGUGUCGAAGACCUUCGUGAGUCCGACGUCGGAACACAGUGCGGUCUUUUCCAUAUUGAGAAGAUCGGCGACGAAUACUUCACCUUCCUCACCGAGUGCACGACGCCAAAAGCAUGCACCAUCCUCCUCCGCGGGCCGUCAAAAGACAUCCUCAACGAGAUCGACCGCAACCUGGCCGAUGCGAUGUCGGUCGCGCGCAAUGUCGUAUUCAACCCCAUUCUAGCACCGGGCGGUGGUGCAACUGAGAUGGCCAUCAGCGUGGGUCUCCAUGCCAAGGCGCGCAGUAUCACGGGCGUCGAGGGCUGGCCAUACCGCGCAGUGGCGGACGCGAUGGAAGUCAUCCCGCGGACGCUCGUGCAAAACGCUGGAGGCAAUGCCAUUAGGGUUCUGACCGAGCUACGGGCCAAACACGCAAACGGCGAACACUCGUGGGGCAUUGACGGUGAGACGGGCAAGAUUGUCGACAUGAAGACUUACGGCCUGUACGAGUCUGCGAGCGUUAAGAUUCAAAUUCUUAAAACGGCUGUCGAAGCCGCACGCGUUCUUCUUCGUGUUGACGAUGUGGUGCAGGCGACACGGAAAGACAGGGAGAGCCAAGGCGGAGGGCCACCACCGGAAGAGAUGGAAGGUUAAUGCCUCGUUGAUAAUGACAAAAUGUGUAUUAGGUGCGCUCAGAGGUACAUUAGAUUACUUUGCUGCAU